CAUUAUCCAAAACCUGUAUUUGCUUUUCUGAGCUACAAAAACGUUAAACUCUCACAUCAUGUGGAAUACGUUCUUCCAUCCAUUGCUCUGCCCACUCAGGCUAAAGUAAUCGAUUACCUACACCGUUUAUUUGUAUUGAAACGAUAGAUUGAAACGCCUGGAAGCGAAGGAGGUGUUUCCUGUGCAGGGAAAAAAGUGAACUACGGUACAACAGCAACACCCCCACCCCGGUGUCAGGCCCCUGUCAUAUCCUAUCCUAUCUCUGGUCUCUACCGUCCUGGUGAGUCAAACUAAUAAUGUUAAAUCUCAAACAUAAACACACACACACACCUAUAACUGCUAUUAUCAGUGUGAAGCUCUGUUCAUGCCUACAGUGAGGCAGAAUGUGUCCACCAUGGCCUAAAGGAAAGAAACUGGUUCAUCUGGAUUUGAAAGGCGCCCCUCCAAGAGCAGAAUACCUUCACAAACUGAUCGAGCUGUUCUCUCGACUGGGAGUGGAUGGCCUGCUGGUGGAGUACGAGGACGUGUUUCCUUAUGAGGGGGAGCUGGAGCUGCUGCAGGCCACAGCACAGCCUGCUUACAGCCGAGAGGAAGUAUUAUCUAUGCAGGAAUUUGCCAAGUCUAAGGGAAUGGAGGUCAUCCCGCUCGUGCAGACAUUUGGUCACAUGGAGUUUGUUCUGAAGCAUCGGCCCAUGUGGGGCCUCAGAGAACUGGCACACUGUGUGGGCACCCUGAAUCCACACAGAGAGGAGGGGGUGAGGCUGGUGAUGGAGAUGCUGAGGCAGGUGGUGGAGUUGCACCCAGGUUUAAACACACUGCACAUUGGAGCAGAUGAGGUAUACAUGCUCGGUGAGGGUGAAGAGUCAAAGCUGUGGUUGGCUACACCUGGACGUACAGUGGAGCAGCUUUUCCUGAGUCACGUGACCAAGGUCGCCAAGGCCAUCAAGGAGGCAUGGCCUCACAUGACCAUCGUAAUGUGGGAUGAUAUGAUGAGAGGCAUGAGCCAGGAUACACUGAAAGCUAGCGGCCUAGUGGGACUCGUCCAGCCCAUGUUGUGGGACUACACUCCUAACCUGGAUGUGGACAGAACUGUGUCUCUGCUGGAGAAGUACUGCAGUGCCGGCAUGUCAGAGCUUUGGGCAGCCAGCUCCUUUAAAGGCUCCACCAGUGUUUACACCUGUGUGCCCAGCACGCAGAGACAUGUAGAGAACCAUUUACAGUGGCUGAAGGUGGCUGCUUCUUUAUCUGCUGGCAUAAACCUGAAGGGCAUCGCCAUCACAGGCUGGCAAAGGUAUGACCACCUGUCAGUGCUGUGUGAGCUGAUGCCUGUGGCUCUUCCAUCACUAGCAGCCUGUCUGCAGACACUGCUGCAAGGUCAGUUCAAUGCUGAGGGUCAAAGCAAAGUGACUGAGCAGCUGGGUAUUUCCUCAGUGGAGGUGGAGGUCAUGGAGAGGAGGUCUGCAGUCGACUCAUUGUUUCCAGGAAGGAGGCUGGCUGAGUUAAUUGUGGAGCUCAAUGCGCUGCUGAACUCAGAGGACAUACGAUUUUUUGAAAACAGCAUGCUUGUCAGAGGAUGGCUCAGCCCCUACCAACGACAGAGGAAGAUGGUAACCCCGCUCAUCACCAUGCAGAUUCACAGCCAAGCAUCAGCCUAUGUGGCCACACUGCAACAGAAGGCGGAGGCAGUGAGAGAGGAGAUGGUGCGUCUUUACCCAGAUUCAACAGCCCAAGAGUGGAUAGAGGAGCACGUCAGCCCUGUAAUGGCUCCUUUACAGAGGAUAACAGAAGAUAUCAUAGCCUGUGUAAAGGAGAUGGUGCCAUAGAAUAAUUUGACAGCUCACCAUCAAACUGCUUUUUUGAUUAAUUCAAAAAUUCAAAUUUUUUUUUGCAACAAACGUGGAAAUUAACAGGAGUGAUUUUAUG